UUUUCACUGAUAAUAGACAAUCACACCUAAUCACCCGAACCUUCAGAAGCUCGUUUGAUUGUGCAGUUUGUAAAAUUAGGAUAAACGUUACCUGAAGAAUAAGGAAAACACUUACAGAUACAUCACACUUAACUCAAUUCCUGAUAUGAAAGAAAACACUUUCACUCGUGUAAUUCUAAAUUUAAUAAUUGCAAUUGUCUUUAGUUCAAGAUUGAUUUACAGUGUCACGUCUUUAUCUUCAGUCAAUGAAAGAAUCGACCACCCACGAACAGAUAAACACUCAGUGAAAGAACUUCUGAGGGAUUCGUUCAUGACGACACGAGACCUGAUGGGCCAAAAACAACACAACGGGUCGGUACCAGGGCGGCUGCGGCUCCAUGGCGAUAUACGUGCCAUGAGUGCACCUGCCGACGACUACCUGCACAAAUUCACCCACCUCCCAGACGUGUCUGCGAUAUGCUCGAGCACCGGUUUGGUCCUAAGGGUAAAGCGGAUUUUUUACGGUUUUUCCGCCACCCCUGAGGAGUUGACGCUUGGGGAAACCUGCAAAAGUAACAGAGUGCUUGAGCCAGACAACGACCUGCUGUUUAUUUACGCGCUCACGGACUGCCAGAGUGAAAAACAGGUGCUCCCUGAAUAUAUCGUCUACAAAUUUGUGCUUCAUUACGUGCCUCUCUCGGACCGACACUGGUUCUGGUAUCAUCGAGUGAAUGUGGGUGUGGAGUGUCGUUUUGAAAGACCUCAUCAUGUGCACAAUCAAGUGGUAAGACCAACAUGGGCUGUACCAUUGCGCAAAAGCAUCAGGAGUCGCUUGGGUGACUUCCGGAUCCAACUGAUGGACGAUUCGUGGUCUUCUCCAGUGAGAUCUGCUGUUUAUCUGCUGGGUCAAAGGGUGAAUGUCCAGGUUUCAACUCGACAUCAGUACCCUGAUGUUAAACUCUAUAUCAACAGCUGUUAUGUGACUACCACCAAAAAUUUGCACCGAGCCACUAAACACACCAUCAUAGACAACUUUGGUUGUUUUCGAGAAAGCCGAAUAAAUCCAGAUGCUAGAUUCAGGUUUACAAAAGCAGACAACAUUGUUCAGUUCUUCUUUGGUGCUUUUCAGUUUAUUGAAGCUCCAGAUGCCCAGGUCUCACUCCAUUGUGAGCUCUCGGUUUCCGGCGGAGGCCCAACUCCAGUGCAGAAGGCUUGCUUCUACAACCACAUAAAACACAGGUGGAUCUCUGUGUUUGGUCAUGAUUCUGUUUGUGACUGCUGUGACUCAGUCUGUAAUCAAACUAAAUCCAAGAGAUUAAUAUAUGAAGGGUUCGUAAGCAGUGAUCAAGUAGUCUUCACUGAUCCUGUGACUUCUCCUUUCUCACCUCUUGGUUCUUCAACUUUGGACUCCACUCUCUUGGCUCAUAACACAGAUGAUGCUAUCUGGUUUGAAGCCAAGCUGGCCAAAGAUCCCCAAAGGUCACAUACUCACCAGGAUUUUGUUGCUUCUGUCACUUUGAGAUCUUCUGAGGACCAUGCUAAGUCUCACACCAGCAGAGUGGAUCUCAAAGAGGGUGAUGUGGAGAUCUUGAUGGCUACUCGUGAAAGCUUUGUAAAGUCUGAAAGGCCAAAGGUGAAUACAAGGUUGAAAACCAAAGAAACCAUGCCGGAAGUAGACUCCAUGGAGCCUGCUACAUCUUUGGGCUGGCCACAACAUGGGAUGAGAAAGAAUCUGAUGAAGGGGCAGAGUUACUGGCCAAAGGCGGUUUUUGGUAAGGGAAAAGAUUCAAUAAGGAUGACAGGUUUGGUCGAUGAGAUAGUGGAAAGUUCUACAAUGGAUGACUCGAGACUGGGUGAAGAGGAACCACAUGAAGUAAUUCUGUCAUCCUUUAACUCAAAAUAUGGGCAUUUGGGUUUUCCAUCAUAUUCAGAGUCUGAAGAGGAAUCAGAGUUUCAAGUUGGACUGGAUGAGCUGAUGGAGAAGGGUGUUGUGAGAAGUUUAGACACUGCGAAAGACCCAGAAUAUUAUUUUAUUUCAGACAAAUGAUUCAAAGCUUCUUGAACCGUCUUUUUUGUUUUUGUUCUUUUGAGGAAUAAACAAAACUGGGUGACGCUGAACAAUUAAAGUUCAUACUUCAGAAAACGUU